GAUAAUGUUUUAUCAAGCCUUUAUACAACAGUGAUUCGGGAUAAUUCAAAAAAUCAAACUUUCGAUUCUUCUACCAAGAUCGAUACUAAAGAGGAGCCAGCAUUUAAUGAGGAAAAAGAGUCUCAAACUAGAAUUCUAUUCCAAGAUUCAAAUCAUAUCAG